GGCUGAGAUGGCUGGACAUUUGCUGCUGCCUGGAUUGCUCCUGUUCCUUCCUCUGACCACGGGCUGGACCGCUUCAAAUUGCUUAGUGACCGAAGGCUACCGGCUGCAUCUGCUCUCCCGUUUCUUCCUGUGCAGCCUGGACUCCAGCCUGCAUCUCCUCGCAUUGUGCUCUGGGGUGAGCAACCUGACUCAGGCCUUGGAGGCUGUGCCACAGGGUGUAGAGGGGCUCUGUCUCAGUGGUUCCACUUCAGUUCUGCCAUCGGAUGCCUUCUCCCUCUUCCCUGGCCUCAAGAUCUUGAAACUGUCUCUGAGUCUCACCAAGGUCUUGCCAGGAGCCUUCGGGGGCCUGGGGCAGCUGCGACAGCUGUCUCUCACGUGCCAUCACUUGGAAGACUUCUUCCUACCCCCUGAUGCCUUUGGCAACCUGAGCUCCCUCCAGCACCUACAUUUCCAGUGCUGCCUGGAUAGGAACUCGGGUGUCCGGUUGCCUCCCACUCUACGGCGACUUGGCAUCAGCAGUCGUUGCCUUCAGGAUGUGGGGAAGUUGGCAGACAUCUUCCCAGACCUGGUGCUCGGUCCUUCCUCUGGUGAUGCCUGGACUCUGGAUGUCCUGGACCUGUCAUUUAACAGAAAGCUGAUGAGGGCCAGCCCUGGGGCCCUCUAGGGCCUCCAGGUGGGGACUCUGAAUCUGGACCACACAAUGAUGAAGGCAGCUGCAGUGAAGGGACUGGGGCUGCAGAGGCUGGAUGCCCUGUCUGUGAUGCAUACUGACCUGACUGAGCUGCCUGCUGAGACAGUUGCCCACUUUGAGCUGCAAGAGCUGAAUGUGGGAUUCACACGGAUAGGGCGCAUAACUCCAGAAGACCUGGCUUCCUGCCGAAGCCUGAAGAGCUUGGGUCUUCAGAGCAGUAGACUGACUGACCUGCCACCAGGUUUCCUGGCUGCCCUGCCCAGGCUUCAGAGACUGAACUUGAGAAGCAAUAAACUGCGGAGUGCCAUGCUGUGUACAAAAGAGACGGGGGCUGUGUCGGGACUGGGGGCCCUGGAUCUGUCCUGCAAUGCGCUGCAGAGCCUGCCCCCAGGCGCAUUCUCCUGCUUGCCCCACAUGCAGGAGCUGCUACUUCAGGGAAACCAGCUGGAUUGGCUGGAGGGCCAGGUAUUCCAGGGCCUCAGGAGGCUGGAGAGGUUGGACUUGAGUAACAAUCCACUGGUGACGCUGGGCGAGGCCUGGUUGGCUCAUCUGCCAGAACUGACCACCCUGAACCUGCUGGGUACCAGCAUCAUGCUGAGCCCAACCUGGGACUUCUGGGGCCCAGAGAAUCUGCAUGACCUGAGACUGCAGUUCCCCUCGGGCCCUUUCGGGGUAGUGCUGUCCGUGCCCACGAGACUGACUAGCUUGGAGCUUCGUGCAGCACCAGGCAGGAAGCUUUGGAAGCUGGCUUCCCCCAUCUUUCCAGUCUUGCAGACCCUGACUCUAAAUGGCUGGGGACUGCAGCUGGAGGCCCAGAAUAUCACCAAGAUCUUCCCUGCCCUUCGCCAACUCUUCUUGCUUGGCAACAGCUUGGAGGCCCUCUGCUCCCAGGGCACCUCCAGCUUCUUCCUCUGGCAGCUUCCCAGACUCCAGUAUCUAAGGGUCCGGGGUGAUGGGCACAGCCCCAGGCCCUGUUGCAUCACUGGGCUGCCCAACCUCCAGGAGCUGGAGCUGCAAAGACUGCAGUCCCGAGCACGGCCCCACUCAGUGCGGUUGGAGGAGCUGGUGGGUGAGCUGCCCAGGCUGCAGGUGCUGCGUCUGUCCCAAACUGGCUUGGAGACAUUGUCUGCUGCUGCUUUUCAGGGUCUGGGAAGUCUCCAGGUCUUAGUGUUGGACACGGAGACAGGCAUUGUGCUGGAUGGCAGUCUCCAGGAGCACAGUCCCCAGAUGCCACAGUACAUGUAUGUUUUGAGUUCGUCCUUGGCCUGCCAGUGUGCCAAUGCCUGGCUGGAGCCCUGGCUUAAGCGGUCCCCCAGAACAUAUGUACAUAUAGAACCACGCCAGCUGUGCCAGCCAGAAGCUGGGGGCCACCCUAAGAAUCCCCUUUUCCCCUUCCUCUGGAGUCACUGUCCCAAGACUUUGGAGUUGGAACUCUUUUUGGGCAGCUCUGCCCUGCUAUUUCUGCUGAUCUCCUUGCCUUUCCUACAAGAAGCCAGGAAUUCCUGGAUCCUCUACCUACAGGCCCUGUUCAGAGCUUGGCUUCAGGAUCUGAGGGGUCGGAAGGGUGAAGGCAAGAGGUUCCUGUAUGAUGUCUUUGUGUCCCACUGUAGGCAAGACCAGGCCUGGGUGGUACAGGAGCUCCUGCCUACUUUGGAGGGCAGCUGGGGGCUGCACCUCUGCCUCCCUGAGCGGGAUUUUGAGCCAGGCAAUGACGUGGCUGAUAAUGUGGCAGAGAGCAUGGGAGGCAGCCGGGUCAUGCUCUGUGUGCUGAGUUGCCAGGCUCUGGGCACACCACGCUGCUGCCUGGAGCUCCACCUGGCCACUUCCCUUCUGCUGGCUGCCCCUCGCCCCCCAGUGCUGCUGAUGGUCUUCCUGGAGCCAGUCUCCCGCCACCAGCUUCCCCGCUACCACAGAUUGGCCCAGCUGCUCCGCAGAGGAGACUAUUAUGUGUGGCCUAAGGAAGAUGAGAGAAAAGGUGACUUCUGGGCUUGGCUAGAAAGCAGACUGGGGCAAGCUGGGUUGGGCUAGAGUGAAUGCAUGUAUUUUGGAGGGUGGGGAUGGGAGAGGAAAGCCAGUCUGGCAGGGAGAGAGUGGGUAAGUGUUAGUGUGUGAGACUGAACUGAGCUGGGAGGUGGGGGUGCUGCGUGUAUGGCGAGGAUCAACUGGUAACUUGGGGGAUGGCAGGUGGCCAUGAGGUGUGCGAUGUGAUCUCAAGAUGACCAGAUCCUCAGUAAAUUUACUAAAUACAUGAAAUGAUUGGCAUAAUUGGACUUGUUUGAUGGAAAUGCACAUGAGAAAGAGGGUGAAGGGGCAGGGGUCACAGAAACUGUAGCCGGGAGGAAAUAAAGUGGGGGAAUUCAGGGAGAGUGUGGGAAUGAAGGGAAGACUCUGAGUACUCCUAAGUUAUGGAAUGAGGUCUAGGCCAAGUUCAACCAGAUCAUCAAGGGGCAGAGAGUCCCCUUUUGCCAUCUGUAUUAUAGAGGUAUUGGCAGCUGAGGACCUAAAAAGCUGGGAUGCUACCCAGGAGGCAGAGGACUGAUCACCUACACCCUCAAUGAACACAUGAAAGCACGAUCACAUCUGUCGUCUUGUUCGAACCUCAUUGCAAUACUGGGAGGGGGAACCCGCCUCCA